AUGGAUGCCUUACCACAGGAUGACUUUCUUUUGCGGCAGCGUGAGAAACUACUCGCGAAUGCCGCGUGGAUUCAGCGACAGCAGUUGCAGUUGCAGGCACAGCGGGGGAUCCUGCCGAAUGACGGCGAUGACAGUAAAAAUGAUUUUGUUGCAGAUACCGGGAAGAGUGUUGAUCCCAACAUAAAUACACCGAGGCAACCACAGCAAGAGGAGCCGCCGCAGCAGCAACAAGAAUACUGCGGUGAGGAAGGCGCCCAAAACACAGCGGGGACAUCCUCCCCCGGCCCGCGGCAACCGUCGGUCGGGAGUGCAUCGGUGCGCACACCAAGUCAUCGUCAAGGCGUCGAUGGAAAGAGCCCGGGGGCUCUGCGGAGUUGCGCGGGCUGUCCAGACUCCUUCGUGACGCUGCGGGGGGGAUCCGCUCUGCGGGUGCAGCAGCGCAACACACUGUGGCAGCUUCGCCGCGAGCAGAAGCUGGAGGAGCAGCGCAUGCUGAAUGUGGAGGACUUCUCCGAGUACACUUUCAGCCCGGAACUCUGCCGACACCCGGGGAACGCGCCCGCCCCCGGCGCCGCAGCGGCCUCGCCAGGCGUUGAGAGGUUUGUGCAGCGGCAUCGGCGCGCCCGGCAGCUCGCGUGCGAGAAGGAGGCGCGGGGCCGUGGCGACGGCUCCAAGUGGACGUACAGCCUUACCGUCGCAGAGCCCUUCCUGCUGGGGCAGCGGCAGGUGGUAGACGCGCUGCGCCCGCCGGUGCAGGGCGUACCGGGUACGGUUUGUGAGCUCAUUGCGCCACAGGACCUGGAGCCGCCACGCACCGCAACAGGAACGCCAGUGAUUAUUAGUACUGCUGCACCUCGCGGCGCAGCGACAACCACAACAUCAUUCUCACCUCUAAUUUCAUCGUCUUUCUCGCUAGAAGCUGUUGCGGCGGAGGCAGGGGUGGUGCUGCCGCCACGCGGGGCCUUUAGCUCAUGGUGUGCACUGCAGUUCUGCGGCAGCGAACAGAGCACUGAUGUCAGGACCACACCUUGCUAA